AUGAACAUGGAAAACGACUUGAAGGAAGAACUGAAUGGAAGAAUGAGAGCAGCAUGGGCAGCAUUCGCAAAUGUCAGGGAAGCUACGGACCAACUGACGGACCAAGAUCUUCGUGCCCAUCUGUUCGACUCGACAGUCCUUCCAGCGCUCUGUCACGCAGCGGAGACGUGGGCAAACACUGCGGCCACGUCUAGGAAGCUACUUACUACCCACAGAGCCCUUGAGAGAUGUCUCCUGAAGUUUAACCGGCCCACACAACACCUUGCCGGUCUUCGUAGCUCCGAAUUAAGAGGAAUGUCCCGUCUUCGCGACCCAGCGUAA